AUGAGUGGCCAGGGCAGAGGAGGUGCCAGACAUAAGGCCAAGCCUUACAUCGACACUGGUCUUCUGUUCAAAGUCCUCAACAAGCAUGAGGAGUUAGUAGCAGACAUGAAAGGGUAUGAGGUGGUGUCCAGAAAUAGUGCUGUGGACCCAAAAGCCUUGCAUGCUCUGCUACCUCUGGUGAAUGACCUGCUUGGCUUGGUGCCAUCAGCAGAAGUUCACCCUGGCCCACUUAGGCAGGCUCUGUACCAAAUGAUCCAGCAGAAGCCUGUCCUGAACACAUCUAAGUUCAAGGGUUCUGUUUGGAUCCAGAUGAGGACAGAGCGCCUGGGAACUUUGCUGUUUCAUGUUAGGAGGUUGGGCAGGGGUAUUGGUGACCAGUCACUUUGUACCAACUUGACUGGGCUCGAAUAUUCCAUGGUGCAGGAUACCUUGAAAAAGGUACAGCUCCCUGAUGAUGAACCCCAGCCUUCUGACAAGAGCAAAGUUGCCUUGAAAAAGGCCCAGGGUGCAGCAACCUUGAAAAAGGAUGCAGCAACCUUGAAAAAGGAUGCAGCAACCUUGGAAAAGGAUGCAGCCACCUUGAAAAAGGGUGCAAAGACCUUGAAAAAGGGUGCAGCCACCUUGAAAAAGGAUGUGCAGCAGAGUAGGAAGCUGAAGAAGACCAGAAGUGAUGAUGAGGGGCAUGUGAACCUGCAGGAGGCCAUGGGCUUCAAGAAGCCUGCAGCUGCCUUGAAAAAGGCAAAAGCAGCCUCCAAACCCUGGAAAAAGGAUUUGAAGAGCAAGAAACCUGCCACAAGCAGCCCCUUGAAAAAGGGCAAGGCCUUGAAAAAGGCUGGCAGACCGCCAUGGGUAAAGAUCAGGAAAACCAUGGCUAAGAAACCUGAAAGAGCUUAUUUGGUGGGUGCCCACCACGCACUUGAAAAAGUGAAGCUGAUUGUGGAGGUUUCCCACAAAAAGAGUGUGCAUUAUUCCUGGGUCAUUGACAAGAUCUGGGAAGCUUUGCUGAAGGACCACCUCACAAAGGCAGAAGCAGUACAAAUGAGGGAAGAAUUCUGCUGCAUCCUUGAAAAAGGAUUCAGUCAAGAUUCCUUGAAAAAGGACAACCCCAAGAACCAGCUGAAUUCCACCAACUUGAAAAAGUUGGGGGAAGUCAGCCUGAAGGAGAAAAUUGCUGCUGCCUCAGAGGAGAACAGUGAUGAGGAGCAAGCAGCAAUGGUUCUCCAUUCCUCCAUGACUGGUGUUGAGAAGAGCAAUGCUUGGAAUCAGCACCAGAACCACUUGAAAAAGCCGGAAAACAAGUCCUUGAAAAAGGAAUUUGACAGCCUUGGCAAGAAGGGAAAGGGUACCCCACUGGCAUCACCCUGGAAAGGGGUGCUGUGGGCAAUUCAAGGGGAUCAUGAAUUCUUUAGCAAUGCAUUGAAGUUGCCUCAUUGGGCUUCCAAGAAGCCCUGUUGGGAAUGCAAUUGCCAAAGUGACCCAAUUCCUGAGGGGCUCUGGUACAAGACCCUUGAAAAAGGGAAGCAAAGUUUUAAAGUGGCCACAAAUGAGGAGGCACAGCUCCAUCCUCAAAGUGGCCACAGACUUUUCCCUGGUGUGAUACCAGGCUUGACCACAAAGAUGGUUCGAGGCGACUGCCUACAUAUCUUGUUCUGUAAAGGAGUGCUGGGGCAUCUUUUGGGGGGAGUGAUCCACUAUCUCCUGUGGCAUGAUGGGGUUGGUGUUCAUCAGUCCACUUCUCCUGAAGCCAGACUGGGAGCCUUGUUCCAGGAUGUGCAGAAGGAGUAUGUGAGACAAAACUCCUCAACUAGGAUCACCAACCUCAGGAUGUCCAUGCUGUGUGACAUCAAGAACCCUCACAAGACCUUUGCCACUUUGGAUCUCAAGGCAGCAGAGACAAAGCAUUUCUUACAUGCCUUUAUCCCAGUGGCAAAAGAACUCUUGACCAUGGACUUGGUGGAAGAGAAGGCAAUGCUCCAGGCCUUAGAUGCCAUCAGCAGAAUCAUCAAGUUGUAUGAUGAUGCUGAUGCUUUCUUGACUGAGGCAGAAUGGCUGAAGGAAAUCAGCGCGCUGGUGAAAGCCACUCUGACAGAUGACCUGAAGACGGAGCUGCCACUGCAGUUCAUUCCACUGCAGUUAGCGAAGCUCAGUUUCUGCCUGUGGUUGACAUGUUUCCUGGUUCUUCUGGCGGUGCAAAUCAAUACCAUUUUCAACAAACCGGUGCCCGACACCUACUUCAUCGCAGCGGCCUGUGUCUGCGCGACAUAUCUUCAGAUCGCCGCCUUUCGGCAGUACGCGCGCGACCGCAGAUUCCUGGCGCAGCAGCUGCAGAGCUUUUCGGUGCAACACGCCCUGUGUUCGGAUCUCCAGGAUCGAAGUACCAUCGAAGCGACCAUCCUCAACUGGUUCGACACCACCGAGAUUGAGGUCUGCAACCGCCAGAUCCGUCAGAUGGUCAGCGAAAAAGUGCUGGGCUCAUUGGGCCCAGCACAGCAUUAUUCCACGAAGCUACUGCUGCCGGUGCUCUUGCUGCACCUCUUCAACAACGCGGAUUAUGCGUCAGGAACUUGGUUCGAUGAAGACACCUUUUGGCGCUUUCUGGGGCCAGUGCUGGGCUUUGGCAUUUGGAUGAUGAUGAUGGUUCCCUUGUGCUUCCGUCUGUGCCAUUGCUUCGCCAGUCGUUGGUCCAGGUGCUGCGACAUCUUUUUGAACAUGUUCCUAGCUGCCAUUGUCACAGUGGGAUGGUUGGGCGGUUGGUACGUGAACUAUUUCUUCGUGGGAUUUCAACCAAAAGCCCGCUUGCUGCCCGCUUGGUCCGCUGUGCUUUUGGUGGCGUCGGAGUGUGUCCUCUUUCUUUGGCUCCAGCGCGCUUCCUUCUUCCGAAGCCGCGGUGGACGUAACGGGACGUAA